AUGGCAGAGGUCGUUGGAGUGAUUUCGGGCGUCCUCACCCUUGCCACAUUUGCCCUCAAGUCUAGCAAACGACUCUGCAAAACCAUCCAAGAAUUUCCCUCCCAUCCCCGCCAAGUACGUGAACUCCUCGACGAGUUAUCGGCACUCAACACUGUCCUACACGACCUUUCUCAGAACAGCGAUCUCGGUCUCGAAGUAGACCUCACGGCUCUUGAACUCGCCCUCAAGCAAUGUAAACGAUCUUGUGAUGAUGUUGACGCCGAGCUCCAAAAGUACUGCUCAAGGUCAACCGAAGAAAGAACCAGUUUCCGUGACUGGGCCAAGCUCAAAUGCAGCAGCGGCGACGGCAUUGACGGAUUCCGCCAGCAACUAAUCGGCUACAAGACCACAGUAACGGUUGCCUUGGCGUUUGCGACGCUUCACACCUCCGUGGCCACCAAAGAAGCUGUCCUCGCUUGCCGAGAUAUUAUUACGACUGCAACCAUCGACUUGCAGGCUCAUUUGCAAGGAGUGCAGACGAAGCUCGACUCUCUUUCACGGCGAGCAGAAUACGGCACAGAUACUGAAGGGCCUGUACGACAUCGCAUUGAGGCGGAACUACGUAGCACAGAGAAAGGCAUCCAGUUCUGUGGUGAUCUUUCGGAAGCUAUCCAAAGGAUUCACAUCGACUUCUUUGGCGAUCAAGGAAGCCGUUCCGCAAUGCCAGAUCCUCUCCCAUCAUCCGAAGCACUUUUCGGUGAGGGAUUAGCAGGCUGCUUGCAUCACAUGCGUUUCACACUGGAACAGCUUGAGAAAAAUCGACUAAGACUUAACAAGAGCAUGACAACAAACCCAAGGUCUCCGUUGUCAACCGAGGACGAGGCGGCGUCAAAGCGACUGCAGACAGAGGCGAGGACACUACGAAAUUGCUUGGAGUUUUGCACUAAUGUCGACGAAGUCCUCGAGUCGCAUAUCAGCAAUAUCGAAAACCACGCGAAAGGGAAUGACAUCAUUCAAUAUAUGGUAUCAAUGAAUGACAAGCCACUUCAUGGGAAGAACGAAGGCGAAGGAGAUAGAGUCAAGCAAGCUGGCGGCCAUUUCAGCGAUGAAUCCUUCCAGCAGAUGUCACAAGACUUCACGCAAAUCGUCAUUCACGAAAGAGAACGACAUGAGCAAGCCAGAACGAGCGCUUCAGAUUCCGCGAAGAAACCGGAUACACGGCCUGUGCCUCACUCUUCUUUUGGUGAGCGUUACGGCACGGGCCUGCCACUUGGCAAGCGGACUGAGCCGGUGGUUGCCGAGGAACAUGAUGGCAAGCAGCCACUGUCCCGAUCAGUAAAUGGCGAUAAAUGA